UAUAUCUCAAGUAUUCUAUAUUCAUCGUUAAUAAGAAUUUUGACAUCUCAAAUUAAUUAAAAACAGUUUCAACUGGUUGGCAACAAAUGCAUAUUGUAUUUUAUUGUUAGUGUUUAAAGAAUGUUUACUACAGAUUCGUAAUUAUGUAUUUAAUUCUUGAAUUAUCAUAGGUUAAGUAAUUUAAUCAUCUAUCAUAUACAUAACAUUGUUCUCUGUGUGUCAUUAUUUCAGUAAAUCAGUAUACAUAUGUUAGUUAAAGAUACUGUAAUUAAAUAUUGAGGAAUGGCUGAAAAUACUGCUGCAUCAAAUGCAGAGGAAAAAGCUAUUUCCUCAGCUAUGACACAAUGUUAUGAAAAUUAUAUUAUUGUUGAUGUUGGUGCCAAUCUUACUAAUAAAAAAUAUAGCAGAGAUUUAGAUAGUGUAAUUCAAAGAGCAAAGGAUGCAGGAGUACAAAAGAUUAUGGUAACAGGUGCAAGUAUUCGUUCUAGUAAAGAGGCAUUAAGAUUAACCAGGAUAUAUCCUGGUACUCUUUAUUCUACUGCUGGUGUGCAUCCUCAUGAUGCAAAAUCAUGGGAAAAUCCUGAUACUUUACAAGAACUUGAAAGCAUAGCUAAUAAUCCAGAAUGUGUAGCAAUAGGAGAAUGUGGUUUGGAUUAUAGUCGUGAUUUUUCUGAUCCUGAAACACAGCGUGCUGUAUUUCAUAAACAAGUAGAACUUGCAUGUCAAUUAACUAAGCCACUCGUAAUACAUGAAAGAGGUGCCCAAACAGAUGUUUUGGAAGUUCUAAAUCAUUAUAAAAAUUGUUUACCACCAGUUUUAAUUCAUUCAUUUAUUGGAACUGCAAAGGAGGCACAAAUUUAUUUAGAUCAUGGUUUCUACUUAGGAAUUACUGGAUAUUUAUGUAAAGAUAAAUCUGAUAGUGGAAUAAGACAAUUAUUAGAAAAACGACUUGCACCUUUAGACAGAAUAUUAAUAGAAACUGAUGCUCCAUUUAUGUAUCCUAAUACCAGAGCCAGUAAAUUACCUGUUCAUGUCAAAGAUGCUUUAACCGAACGAUCCAUGACAUUUCUUCAUCGUUAUUGUACUUUUCAACGUAAUGAACCAUGUGCCUUACCAGCAAUAGUAGAAAUGGUAGCAGCAUUUAUGAAAAUUGCUCCAGAAGAAGUUGCCUUAGCUACUGCUUUCAAUGCUUUGAAAUUAUUUGGUCUAAAUCAGUGAUAAUUAUUAAUUAUUUUUCAUUCUUAAAAAAUGGUGCUACUGGGUGCUAUUAAUUAUUUUGUUAUUAAUGUAUUGUCUCUUUUCAUGUGUAAAAGCAUCACUUAUAUUUUAUCAAAAUAUGUUUUUCAUAAUAACAAUAUCAAUUUUUAUUAACUUAUCAAUGAAUAUAAUCAUUGAAAGAAAAAAAAUCAUAAAAUUUUAUUUGUGCAUUAAUAAAUAUCAUCUCCAAUAUAUUUACUUAUAUUUACACUAUAUUUAUAUAAAAAUACUCAUUGAUAUAUUAAAAAUAGCAUUAUGUAAAAUAUUUUACUUAUUAUAAUAUAAUAAAGAUUUUGUAGAAAUA